GUGGAAUUUUCAAAAGCAACUGAAUUGAAACUAAAGUUUCUGUUCUGCUACCUAAAGUUACCACAGAACUACGGACCGUUUAAGUUAUAGUUCAUUAUAGUGUUACACAACAUGAGCCUCGUGACAUGCAGUGAAUACAACCAACAGAAAGAAUGAGUUUUUAAAAAUCUUUGCGGUAGAAGAAAGAAGAGAAUGUAGAUCUGUAUAUAGAAUCUAUAUAUGUGGCAGAGAUUACAAUAAAAAGUACGAAAAAAAAGUUCCUCGGUUGGGAAUCAAGCCAAGGAAGGCUAGGCCUAAUUUGGAAGGUCUCGCUAUGGGGCUCUAAUUUACAUAUCGUAUAUUAAUACGCCUCACAGUUUCAUUGAGAGGGAUCAGAAACUUCAUCCUGGUCCUUGUUCAUCCUGGUUCUUCAAGAAACACCCGGACGAAAACAUUGAAUCGUGACUCACGUGGGUUCGUAUGUCACUAGGGACGCUGAUGCUCCCUCAUAAAGAUAAUAAACCACCCUAUCGUCCUAAUUGGUGGCUGAUCUGCUAAUUUGCGAACAUACUCGUUGUAAAUGUCGUCGGUCAAUUUGUAUUGUCGUUCAAAAUGGCGCUGAAAUGGCGAAAUGGUCGGGGACUGUCGCACCAGUCGUUAGUUUGUAAACAAACCUCCCAAACAAACAACCGAAGAGAACCCGAAUCAAGAGCAGGACAUCCUUGAUGUUGUUGGGCUCGUGUCUUGUUACUGUCUUGUUUUCACAUAUGUGAAAAGAGACGGUAACUUAAAAAGAGGCACCCUUUUCUUUCUCAGGUCUUGGGUGUCAGAAUGAUGGAAGAUGGACCAAGUACGUCCUCAUUUGAAUCAACGUCUUUAGUGAUAGAGGAGACAGAGGAAGCUGGUCAAGAUGUGGUUGAGGAAGUCAAAACAGCUGACUCAUCCAUGCUGCCAGUGAUCACAGAGCAGGUCAACAUGCCCGACGGAGAGUUUGUACAGCUAGCUCAUGAUGGGGAUGAAGAGAAAAUGCCUGUAGAAUUCAAAUCAGAGCCCACAGAGAUCUCAGAAAUAGGAGGUUUAGAUCAUUUUGUCACUGUGACAGAAGUAGAUUCAGAACCCACAGUGGAAACGUCGGAACUUAAUGAGAAUACUGAGAUGGGUACUGUCAUGAAAACUGAAGUUAUUAGCUCAGAGUCUGCAGACUCGAGUGUUCCUGAGAGCAUACAGCAAGCAGUCCCACAGCAGUUCAUCAUUCUCACCAGAACAGCAGAGGGUGGUGCAGAACCUGUGGAAAUACAAGGAAUGCCUUCGAAAUACAUUCGUUUUGAAGGAGCAGAUGGGCAAACAUAUGUUUUUGCUGUAGCAGAUGAUUCUUCUGAGAAUUCUGAUUCGGUCAAAGCAUUACCAACCCAACAGAUUGUUCCUGCUAAGAAUGUGAAAGUGAGCAGAAAGAGACCUGCCAGUGUGUCCUCUCCUGUGACUGCUGCACCUGCUACAUCUCCGACCUCCUCUCGUGUGAAGUCAACACACAACGCAAAUACUGAUGGGAUAAACCAAGCAUGGUUUACUACCAGGGAUGACAAGAACGCCCUGCACAAAGAAGGUCAUCAGUGGAAACAAGGUCAGUGGACUAAAGAGGAAGUCGAUGUUCUAGAGACCAACAUCAACAAUUAUUGCAAGGAACACAACAUAAAAGAUCCUGCAGAGGUAAUAUUUGAAAUGUCCAAAGAUGAGAGGAAGGAUUUCUAUCGCACUAUAGCCCUGGGAAUACACCGCCCUCUGUUUUCUGUGUACAGACGAGUGACACGAAUGUAUGAUCGCAAGAAUCACCGAGGGAAAUACUCAACUAAUGAAAUGAAGCAUUUGAGAGUUUUACGAGCGAAGCAUGGAAAUGACUGGGCGGCCAUUGGUGUGGCCUUAGGACGUAGUGCUUCUUCUGUGAAAGACAAAUGCCGGCUGAUGAAAGACAACUGUAAAUCUGGCAAAUGGUAUCCAGAGGAGGAGGCAAGACUGGCAGAUGCCGUAUACAAGCUGACAGGAGUGAAACCUUCUGAGAGCAUCACGUCUGGCUUGUCAUGGGCCAGUGUAGCGGAACAUGUCGGUACUCGGUCAGAGAAACAGUGCAGAACAAAAUGGCUCAACUACCUCAACUGGAAACAGCAGGGUGGGGCAGACUGGACUCGGGAUGAUGACCAACUGCUCAUUGAGAAGGUGUCCAAUAUGAACGUGAACAAUGACUCAGAGAUUGACUGGGUAGCACUGUCUCAAGACUGGAAAAGUGUGAGGUCACCUCAGUGGCUAAGGGGCAAAUGGUGGGCCCUGAAGAGACACAUUGCUGACUACAACAAGCUCAGCUAUCCAGCUCUUCUGGAACAGAUGAAACAAGUCAUUUACUGGAACCUGAAGCCGAAGGCUGGAACCAGAACCAUUAAGGGAGAGUCGCAAUCAGAGUUUUUCAAGAACUGCUUUCCUGUCUCAAUCACAUCUGGCGUAGAUGGCAGCAGUUCUCUAGCUCUGUCCUACUGCCCUUCAGAGGAGGAAGGUGGCUUCCAGGCUUUUGAGGUGCUUCAGCAGUGGACCCCGCAGGUGAUCGGAGCUGUUGCUCAGGCGGGCAAUGCGGCGGAUGGCACAGCGCAGGGCAUUCUCAGCGGGGAGGGUCACAUCAUCGUGCACACUCUUGCGCCUGGCUUGGGGGAGAAUAUCCAGCUAAACGGCCAACAGCAGGUCAUUAUCAGUUCAGCUGGCAUCCAUGGGGAAGGGGAAGAGGGGGUCGAAGGUCAGGAGAUGACUAUCCAAGUGGCGGCCGAUGGUCUUGUACAGACUGACCAAGGCUUGCACACACUGUCAAGUAGCGAACAUCUAGAUAGUGAAAUACCAAAUACUUUUGAGUCUGGAAGUGAGGAGAUAGUUGCAGUGUCUGAGUUUCAUGGUCAGCCUGUGACAGGAGAGCAGGAUAUCAUGAGCCAUGAUGUGUUUGAGACGGUCACUUCUGAGGCUGGAGGGGACCUGGGCAUGGGCGUGGCCUCACCGACUCACACCAGUAGUCUCAUGACUAGUCUGAAAGAUCCUAUCUUGAUGUCAUCCUCUGAUGUGGAAUGUGAAAAAAGCCAAAGUGCUGAGCUUACUGAUGAGGCUUCAGGACUAAUGGACUGAGGUCGUCUUGGCUUUUUCCUCUUUAGGCAUUGUACUUACCGUAACCUUACCAUUUCCAGCACAGAGCUUUAAGAACUGCAGAAUGGCAAAGAUCGUUCAUACCAAGAUAGUUCACUCGGCCAAAAAAGUGUUCGCAGAAGUCCGUGCAUUAGUUCAGAUGUCGCUGCAAGUCUUUGUUUUGAAGCUCUCUUUCGUUUCUGCUGAAGAAGAAUAGGAAUGGCACAGUUUGUUAGUUUC